GCUUCGAGAUAUUAACGGCUAUUACUUGGCUUUUGCCUAUCAAUUGUUAUUUAGUUUUCUUUCGCUUUGACGGAGUAUUAAAAUUAUUAUUAAAAUUAACGCUCGCCAUAAAUACAUACAUUUUUAUCAACAAAAGCCCAAAAAUAAUAAGUACUUAAUAAGUAAGGUUCCAAUAAUAUUUUUUGUAAAAAUUUUCAAAAAUGAUGAGAUACAAAGACAUCUGAUGAAGUAUUAACGAUCACGGUUACAAUGUAUAAUUAUCAAUUUAAAAAUAUAUAUUAUGUUUUACUUAUGUUUUCAAAGAAAAAAUCCCUUUUUUAGCAAUAAAACUAUCUGAAAUUCCUUGCAAAUUGAUCUUUUGACAGUUAGCAGUCUGUUUUCUCUUUGUGGAAGGAUUUAUGUUGAUACUUGAUUUGCUUUUUUAGUCUGUGACGAAAUAUGGGGUAUUAAGUUAACAUCUAUCACAUCACAUUCACAAUACAAAAUUAAUAAUUUUGGAUUUGUUACUUAUAAAUAGUAAUUAAAUAUAUCUGAAACAUCGAGUGUGAUACAUCACUACCUAUAUGUGAAUAUCGAGAUAUAUGCGGUCGACAAAUAUAUUAAUGUAUUGAUAUGAUUUGGAGUAAAUAAAAUAUUUUUUCAUUCAUAAAAAUAUUUCUAUUUUUUAAUAUCUGCUAAUAAUCAUGGAUAAUUCCGCUAUACAAACGUUGGAGGCAGCGGCGCAAGUGCUUAUGGCACCGCCUAAUUUAGUAAGUUCUGAGCAGAGACAUCAGGCAGAAAGCGUUUUUCUUGAAUUCAGGAGUACUAAGAAUCCAUACCAACUGUGUAGAGAAAUUCUUGAGAAAUCAAAUACUGAUUGUGUACUCUUUGAAGGUGCAAGUCUUAUUAAGACUGCACUUAUACGAGAAUGGGACUUACUAUCUGUUGAUGAUAUAUCGUCACUCAGAGAAUACCUAUUGCUUUACCUUCUCAGAAGAGAAGUGCCAACUUAUUUAAGAGAAAAAUUACUACAGACAAUCGCAGUAAUAGUUAAAAGAGGUAGCAUUCAUGAUGGUGGAAGAGAAAGAAAAGCAUUGUUGGAGGAACUAGAAAAAAUUAUCCUUAGCUCCCCAAUAAGUCAGCAAAAAUUGGCAUGCUCACUCAUAUUAUCAAUAAUGCAAGAAUAUGCCAUCACUGUGAAAUCAGCUGAUGUUGGACUGAUAUGGGAAGUACAUUUUAAACUGAAAAAAACAUUUGAAUGUCAGGAUCUUAAAAGAAUAUUUAGAUUUACCGUUGGAGUAUUAGAACAAAUAGUUAGAUCAGGUCACCAACCGGAAGGGGAACAGGCGUCACUGACAAAACAGCUGUUAACAAUUGUAGAAUCUGUUUUAUGUUGGAAUCAUGUAUCACCAUUGCUUUCCAAGAGGUUGAUUGGAGCAUUUGAGGCAAUAUAUGAAAGUGACACUGCACCUGCUUUGCGUCUUAGUCUCAAUUGGAGAGAUACAAUUAUGCAACCAGAAUUAUUAACUCUCUUCUUCGAAAUACAUAUGUAUGUUCGAAACAAUCCAGAUUUGCUUAAUUCUUCACUUACAUGCUUAGUUCAGCUAGCAAGUUUGAGCGGUGUCGUUGUAUCUGUCAGUAACGUGAAACAACAGUACUUAGAGAAUUAUGUAAAUAGUUUGGUGAGGAUUUUAGGUUUUAUUCAUCCAUCAGAAAGGGAAAUGUUGGGUAUAGCACAAAUAUAUCGACGAUUGGUUCAGUUCUUUGCAGCAACUAUGAUAGCAUCAACUUCUCCAGCUUUCCUUCAAUAUUUGACCACAUAUACUUGCCAUUGCAUUAGAGGAUCUGUUAUUGAAGAAGGUGUAAAUGAUGAUACAGUAUGGAGAGAAUCUUUGAAUAAAUUUCUUCAUACAUGGAGUUCAUUAGUCCAUGAUGCAGAAGGUUUUCCAAAUGAAACAAUGAUGAACCAUUGUAUAGAGAUCUUCAACACUUACUUACAAUGUCGCUUGGCGCCGCCUGAUGGAACCAGAGGAACAGAAGGUAGCGAUGGGUGUAAUGAUGAUAUAAAGGAUGAUAUGGAAGAAGAUGAAAGGCAGCUGCACAGUAAUAUUCUGUUGACUAUUGGAGCUAUUGCUAGAAAAGCACCAGCUCAUUGUUGCCGUGUGCUACAUUCACUUCUUACUGAUAGGAGCAAAAGGCUUGAGAGUCAAUUACAGCUAAUGCACAUGGGUAAAAUGCAAAAUAUGAAUGCAGGGGAACAGCUCGUUACAUUGUUCGAAGAUCUUCACUGGAUUUUAAUGAUAACCGGUCAUUUUCUCGCAUUGGACUGUACGGAGGGCGAGACAGUUUUAAUACCCUCGGAAAUCGUCGAGUACAGCGUGUCGCAGAACGCUAAUGUUGACGCUUCGUUGCGAUACUUGGUCGGUGAAAGUACAAGUACUGAGAAUGUUGAUGAUAUUUUAAAGUUGGUGGGUGAAAUUCUCCGCAUCAGCUCGUACGAGUGCGCGGCGCUAGAGGCGGGGCUGGCGUCGGUGUUCAGCCCCGAAUUGUCCGCAACUCUCUCGUGGCUGCUGAAGAUAUGGGCCAACGCAUACCUCGUCGUGCAACAGCCUCGAUGCUCCGAGGUGCUGGAGGCGGCGUUCGGGCGCGGCUCGCGCGGCGCGUCGUGGCUGGUGUCGCUGGCGGCGCGGCGCGCGGCCGCCACGCUGCGCCACCUCGCCGCGCAGCCGCCCGCCGCGCGACACGCGCUGGCGCUGCUCGCCACGCUGGCGCACCCGCAGCACAGAGAAAAUCCUUUAGCCGAUUGCGAGGAGUUCCUGGCCUUGGUCGCAUGGGAGAUGCAAGGGAGCAACUUGCCCGGUGAUCUUAGAAGGGAGUUGCAUAGAGUUUUUGCAAUUGCUGCUACGUAUGCAGAAGGUGAAGCAAGACGCCGCCUGCUGAGUAGUACCAUAACACUACAGCAUAAGCUAAUGAACAUAAUCAACAUGGAAUCUGAUACGGAACCCGUUCGAAACAUGCUCGCUGACACGCUCGACUGUUUCACAGGAGUCACUGAAGGUGUUCUCGAAGUUGGACCGCUCGACGAGCAAUUUGUAAUGAUAAUGGGAGCUAUAGAUAAAAUACCAGGUAUUAUAUUCCGGUAUCACAACUACCCCGGUGUAGUGUUGCCAGCUUUAAAUCUACUAGCGAAGAGUGCUAAAAGAAUGCUGCAUUCGGUUCAACCACAAAAUAUUCAUAAAUUUUUAGAAGUAUGCAACGCAACGUUUGAAGUUUACAUGAGAUGGAAUUCUGGAAAGAUAUCGAGUAUUCCACAAGACGCAGAGGAGGAGGCAUACGAGGACAUCUGCGCGCUGAUGGACGUGGUGAGCAGCGUGUCGCGCUGCGGCGCGGGAGGCGCGGGCGGCGCGGGCGGCGCGGCGGCGGCGUGGGGCGCGGCGUGCGCGCGCGGGCUGCGCCUGCUGCUGCCGCUCGUGACGCCGGCGCUGCUGGCGCUGCCGGCGCUGGCCGCGCGCGCCUACCGCAUGCUGCGCGACCUCGACCACUCCGACCAGAUGAUAAAACUUCCGAUAGAAGACUUCAACAUGGUGAUAACGGCGCUCCGCGUCGGUCUGACGGCCGUGUCCUGCGACGUAUCCACUCUGUGCUGCGAUACAAUAGUUAGUAUCGCCAACAAUGUGCGGAGUCUCGGAAGCGGCGACGACAACGCUUACGCGGCUUCCCUCCUGACGCUCGCGGAACUUUUACUCAUGCUCAUCAUUAAGAUGGAAAUACCACCGGACUCGAUACCCGCCGCGGGAGCCGCUAUCUAUGCGUUGACGUGUGUCAAACCUGCGCUUCUAGAGGGACUCGCGAGGCAGCUGAUCGAAGCGUAUGCGGUUAAUGACCCCGCUAAUGUCCCACGGUUGGAGGAAUCGUUCAGAGUACUCACGAAUGGGGUCCUUUUCGACGGCGUAAGAACACAUAAGCUUCGAUUUCAGGAUAACUUUGACAAGUUCCUCGCCAGUGUACACGGUUUUCUCAUUGUGAAAUAAACAUCCUAACGGAUUUGUUAGGUUUUCAACAGCGAUACAAACAUUCGAGAAAGUUGAACGUGAAUCGAAACAUUUUCUCCUGAAUUACUAGUCAUGAAGCCACGGAGGUUUAAUUCUCAAUUGUGGGAGAGUUCGAUCAAUUUUUAAAUUGCAAAUUGAAUUUCUGAUUGGGUACAUGAAUGUAAGUAAGAUAAGAGUGACCGACAUGUCCUUCCAGAGGGCUGUGUUAUAGUAUUAAAUAUAUAAACUAAAUAAAUAUUUUACUUAUGCAUUAUAUGCAAUGAAAAUCCAAAAAACUUUUGUUUUUUUUUUCAUAUAUUUGUUUGAAUGUGGCCUAAAUUGAACAGGGUGCAUGCGAUUUCUGUAGUUUAUUGAUUUGAACAUAUUUUUUUUUUAAAUUGUCGUGCGUACACAACGAAAUGUAUAAAAGUUAUAUGUCGAGGUUGUGAAUGCAAAGUGGAUAGCAUAUUUCUAAUAAUUACAUAAAUAUUUAGUACACUUUAUUGUACUUAAACGCUAGGGAAAUUGUUAUAUCCAAUAUUAGCUUUUAUCUUUUAAAAUUUUUUACACUAAAUAUGUAGUAUCUAUUGUAUUUAUUCGAGUUUAAUUCCGUCUUUAAAUUAUAAAAUAAUUUCUCGUGUUUAGAUAAGUAUUAUAAAGCUUGUAAGCUUGUCAGAUAUACGUAAUAUUAUUUUAUGAUUACAUUUAUGUUUUUCAGUAUGUAUCUUAAUAAGUAUUGUUAAAAUCUCAGGGUAAUGGAAUAAGAUACCUAUGUCACAUUAAUAAGGUGUAUUUUCCGUCUAAACUCUACUCGGAUGGUUUAAAAGAUUUUAAGCUUGCAAUGAGAUCAUUGAAUUAUUAUAUGUGCAAUAAAUACUAAUCGUGAGUCAAAGCAUUUGACGCUUUUCAAAUGUUGUAACUAGAUAUUGAAAUUUACAAGAUUUUUUUUCUUCAUAUUUGGAAGUUAUCAUUAUAUAUGUGAAUGAUAGACGAACUCUGAUUACUACUAUCUACUGGUGGUAGGGCUUUGUGCAAGCUCGUCUGGGUAGGUACCACCCACUCAUCAGAUAUUCUACCGCAAAACAGCAAUACUUGAUAUUGUUGUGUUCCGGUUUGAAGGGUGAGUGAGCCAGUGUAAUUACAGGCACAAGGGACAUAAAAUCUUAGUUCCCAAGGUUGGUGGCGCAUUGGCUAUAAGCGAUGGUUGACAUUUCUUACAAUGCAAAUGUCUAAGGGCGUUUGGUGACCACUUACCAUCAGGUGGCCCAUAUGCUCGUCCACCUUCCUAUUCUAUAAAAAAAAAAAAAAUUACACCUCAAACAUAUAUAACUCUUUAUAACUGAAUGGACUCACAAUUAAUAUUUGUUGGUAAUAUUAUUAGUGCAA